AAAAAUUAUUACAUACACAUACUUCAUUGCGGUUGUUCAUUACUUUAUGCGGUAGAGAAAAAAUUUGGUAAAAAAUAAACAUUAAAUUUACAGUGUUAAAGAUAAUAUUUAUAAAAAUCGCGAGGUGUUUAAUAGUUAUAAAGGAAAAUACAAAGUAGUUUGCUGUUUUGCGUGUUUAAAUAUAAGAAAGAUAAUUGCAAUCAGUGCAUAUAGACUACACACAAUCACCCCAACCCUCUGUAGCAGUAAGCGACUGCAACAACAAACGUGCUUGUAAAUUUGUAUAAUUGUAAUUCAGCGAGUUAGAAGCGCGCCCAGGAGAAACUCCCGCCAUCUCACUCUAACUUAGGUUCCUGAAAAUAAAAAUUAUCGUGUUAUGUUUUGAUCGCUCGAAUCGUUUAGAAAAUAAUACCUGUCAAAAAUGGUAAUUUUCAUACAGGGACCAUUAACUUAAAGUUGUAUGAAAAAUUAAAUGCAGAUUAUAGUAUUGGAAAUAAGUUAAACAGUACUGCAUGUAUAAAAGCAAACCGAAAUGUAUCAACACAUUCAAUUACGAAGAUUGUCAAAUUUGUCUUCUAAUGCCACUAGCGAAAAAGUUGAAGAAUUAGAUGCGCUCAAACAAAAUGAAGCUAGUGAUAUCUACGAGGACGAUGAUGUGUUGGUUUUAAAGGAGUUGUCUAAUAAAAUGGAUGAACUUGAAGAAGUGAUAUUGGUUGAGGAUGAACCUGCUUUAAGAUUACCACAAUUAAGUAAUGAGAGUUGGAGUAAUUUCGUGGAUGAACUAACAAAAAAAUAUGAAUACGACGUAUUUCUAUCAACUUCCGUACCUCAGACUACUAAUGCAAAGAGAAAAUUUCAAAUUCAUGCUGAUAAUCUUUCACCAGCACAACGAGGUAAUGCCGCCAACAAAGAUGGUGGUGUGGUCAGUAUCAGCAGCGACGAAGAUGAACAGUCUAGUAAUGUUCCACCUGCAGAACAUACACUAACUUCGAGGAAGGAUUUCUCUUCAACGAUAGAAGAACUUGCUGCUGCUAAUAGCUGCACACCUCCUGCGCAUUGUGAGUUAUUAAUAUCAACGUUGAAUGAAGGCAUUGAAAGUUUAGAAGGAAGCAAUAAAUUGGACAGUGGUCAGUUAAUAGAGAAUUGCGUAACUGCAGAAACCGAAAGAGUAAAUAAUGAAACAACUCAACAAAGUACUGAGCCAACAUCAAAUUUAACGACGCUUGUUGCGGAAGCACAAAAUCCACAGCACAAUGUCUUGACUGAAUCGAAUAGCAGUACUACCAGCGCAAAUAAUAUAACAUUAUUAGAGUCUUUGCUGAGCAAGGUCUCUAGUCCGAGCAAACAUAAAGGGUUGUCGGGAAUUAACAAAAAAUAUCAGGACAUUAAACGUAGAACGUAUAAAUUGACAUUUCAUCAAAUUUUACAAAUCUUCGACAUUGAAAAGGCGGCGCCAUCAACUAUAGGUGCAAUACCUGGUGAACCAAUUGAGUUGGAUUUUCCAGAUCAUGAUAUGAGGGAGUUUGUAAAAAUGGUCAAAAAUUACCAAGAGACAGAGUCCGUUGAAGAUGUAAGACAUUUAUGGGCGCAGGUUAAAAGUUGGUUAAGUGCCAUGAAACCAGCAUAUGGUACCACUACAAACUACACGAAAUAUCACAAAAAGCUAAAUUGGUACAUAUCUGAGUUAAUGGCACAAUAUAGCAGAUUCGAAAUCGAGCACAGCAUACAAAACGAAAACUAUUAUAAAUUGAAAAUGGAGGCGUUGAUGAAUACCGUGUCCUCAUUGCUGAAUGAUGAUGUUAAUUUGAAAAUUUUGACUUUGCUGCGCACAAAUUUCCCCGAAAAGCCGAGCAAAUUUCUGGAUGAUCUCUUCAAGAAAUUCUUAACCCACCCGAAAGUGCGUUUGGAAAACAAUGAUUACGGUAUUUAUCGACUGAAAGUUUUGGCUUUUCAAAAAUGGAUGCAUUAUUCAAACAGAAGAAAGCAAGAUAUAGUAGAAAUCGCAAUUAAAGAGGGUUCUGCUUAUCUACCAAGAUUGGUGCCAAAAAAUACCGAGGAUCCAUUCUAUAGAGUUGAUUACAAUGUUCAGCUAAUUGAUGAUUACGAUAAGCAAGGCACAAGAAAAUUAUUGGCGGAGAACGUUAGCAUUGAUGCGUUACAAACUACAAUCAAUAAUUAUCUUCAAGUAUACGAAAGUCAACUAUACGAUGAUUUCGGUUAUAGAUUAUCGUGUCGUCAACGUUUGGACCACAGACAAACGCCGGGCGCAGCCCAUCUCGCCGCCAGGGAAGACACUAUGCACAUGCACAGGCACAGCCCGAAGACGGAUGCGCGCCAUUGUUAUCGACGACGAACGCAUCAAACAUGUACACACCACUGUCACAACAACAGCAGUCGAACAACGCAUUUACCAGCCGGAUGUGAUAUACAGAGAAAUAGGUUAAGUAGUCCCUGUAGAUCUAAGAGAUGUAGUUGUAAGUCUUUAGUUGCUAAGCACCAAAGUGAUACUAGUUUAAGUUGUAAAACCCUAAGUACUAAAGAUAUAAUUUCGCUCGAUUCAACCGAUGAUGAAGCUGAUAAAGAUGAAAGUGAAAAUUUAAGCAACGAAAAUUCAAAUAUGAUUAUUGAAAAACGAAACCAAAGUACACAACCGCGAAUAGUGCGCAAAAUAAGACCAACGGUACAAACGCAAACGACAGACAACCGCCAAAUCCAUACUACAAUACAAAAAACAAGAACUUGCAAUGCGCAUGCGUUAAGGCAUAGAAAGAUGCCACCUAAAAAUGUCGACACAAUUGUAUUGGACUCCUCAUCGGAAGAUGAAGAAACAAGUGUAGCCACUGUGGACGCUGAAGAAGUGGUGAAUAAUAAGCAGAAAAGCGACAAAAUAGACGACACACACACCAACGCACAGUCGCAACAAACGCAGCAACAGCAAGCGGCACGUGCGCGACUACAAGGUGUCUCGAUGCCGCUGCGCUGUGCGCUCAUCGGUAGCGUGGCCAUAAAGCCCAUACGUAAGGAGAAGCAUUGCAUUCCCGGUGAAGUCUCGAGCACAACAUCGCACGACAUCAUCGAAACGGAGAGACUUAACGAAACGCCAGCAGCGGUCACGUGUAGUGGCAAUUCGUUGGCGAAUAACGCGAGUGCUUACGAAAAUGCGCGCGAAGUCGGCACUGUGGAGAUAUUGGAGCGUCGCGAACUACAUCAACCAGUUGUUAUGGCUGAACGUUGCUUUCAACCGGGCAAACUGCUGCUCGGCAUCGAUUAUAGCGACGAUGAGAAUGAAGAGGAUGUUGCCCAGCGCAGCCGUGGGAACGUCGCUGCUGGCAGUGAUGUAGGUGCUGAUGAUGACAUCUCCAACGGUUGCAUUAUAUCGAUGGUUGGUGGCUAUUCAAAAGUUGUUGAAGAGGCCACGUCAUCUACAGAGGUCUUUCAACGCAUACAAUUGCUCGAAAAUCGUGCUGCAGCGGAAGCUUUGACAAUUGUCGAGCCGGCGCCCGCGGUGUUGGCUGGGCUCGUAGAGCGAACGCCGAAUGUAGCGACAGUGAGUGAAGAUGCGCCGACAUGCUCCAGAUAUGCCAACAGCAAUGCAGCAAAUGCAUCUGCAUUAAAGGACGAUACACAAAAUGAAGGCACGAAAGCGACACCGCAGGCGGUUGAGCCUAAGAAUACCAAGAGUCUUAAGAUUUCGUUGAAAGAUUUUGCCUCUGCAAAUAUUAUUGGUAAAGCAAAAGAUACGCCUGAAGAGGUUUGCAAUGCACCGCAAAGUGUUGCGCCUGCAUUUAUAUCGCUUGCGGAGCCGAUAAAUGAAGAUGAACAGCAACAAAACAGUGACCCGAGUAUAAAAACCCAGUCGCUUUUGCCGGAAGCACCUAUAACAGUUAAUAACGAGAAGCAGGAUGCUUCUUCUAAGUUAACAGACAAUUCUGUGGAAAGUGAUACAGCGCAUAUUUCCGCUGAAGACGACGAAACGGCGGCAAUCGAUCAAAUUCUAGCUGAUAUCGAUGAAAACCUACGCGAAUCACAUGAAUUUAAUGAGAAAUAUAUGAAGGUGAAAAAUGCUGCAAGUGUAAAAACCCAUAAUGUUGAGCUUAAUUUGAGUGAAGUAAGUGCAAAUGUACAAAAUGAGCUCGAUUUGAGAAAUACUGCCGCACAUAACGUCGAAAAUAACGCUAGCGCUAGUGACUGCGAAGUAUUUGAGGAUGCUGCCCCAACGAAAUCAGCUGUGACGCACACAAAUGAUGAGAACUUGUUGAGUGUUAUGUGUGAGCCAGUUCCUGAACUCACAAAAAGCUUGGAUAUCGACACUAGCAAAGACGAAGAAGAAGAAGCAAACAUACAAGCGGUGGUGGAAACUAAAUCAGCUAAAAUUGUUGAAGACCUUUCAUCUAAUCAGUAUUCGGACGAAGUUUUAUGUGUGAAUCCCGGCAAAGUCGUGGAAGAAAACGUGGAGCAAACGCUGCAAAUAACACAAAAUGAUAUCAAUUCGGAGCAGACCGAAGAAGUUAUUACAACGGUUCGUGCUGAAAGUGCAUCUAACGACAAUGUAUCGAAAGAGAUUAGUUCCGAACUUGAUGCUGGGUGCGCAACUAAAACCACAAAAUCAACACAGCUUAGCUUUGAAGAGAAAGCGGAAGCUAUGGAUGGCAAUACAGAUACACUAAAGAAUUCUGUACAGAAUAGUAAAGAAAUGGAAAUAACCCAAGAGUGUGCUAUAUUGAAAGAUAUAUGUUCUGAUGAGGUUGAGAUAUCGGUGAGUUGUCAAGAUAACACACAAACAAGCUUAAAUGAAGAAAGCAAUGAACUUGAAAAGCAUCAAUUGUCAGACGAAGAAACCAAUGGAACUAUAUGUCUGGAAAAGGAUGAUUUGCCGCUUAUGGAUUAUCAAGAGAAUGACAUUGCUGCAACCAAAAGUGGAGAAGAAAGCUCGAAUUCGGACUUAGAUGAAGAAGAUAAGAACAAAGCUGAAAAUACCGACAGAUUUACUGAGGUAAUGGUAGAAGAGCACACAGACGAUAUGGAAGGUUUACUGAAAUCAGUUGAAGAUGUGGAUAAUGUUGCUAAUAUAUCAAUGCAAGCAAAGGAAAUAACAGAUGAAAUGAACGUGGAUCAAGAGGAAGGUGAGACACUUACUACAAGUAUAAAUAAAGACAACCAGUGUUCGGAUGAAAGCCAAGAACAUCUGAAUAUUUUAACCACUGAUUCGAAUAUAGAAUUGGAAGAUUCAGCUGACACAGCAAACAAUUUAGAUGAUGAAGUUAAGAAUUUAGCGAAAGCAUCAAUUAUUUCCAAACACGAGAAUUUAAACACAACCGAAAAUACAACAAAACAUCAAGUAGAAAUAACUCUAGAGACAAAUCAAGCCAAAGAAUGUGAGCUUGGUACUGAAACGGAGCUCAAAUCUCGAAUUGUGCUCGAUGAAACGAAACAUGCUGAACAAGACGACAUUGACAAAACUACAGCGGUGUCUUCGGUUUCUCGUAGUACAGAAAUCGACGAUGUUGAACGGCGCACUACGAGUGCCGAUGCCGUUAACUGUUUUGUGAGUGAAGUAAAGAACAUUUUAGUGAGAGCGACGACUCCCAAAGAAGUAUUAGAAGAUUUAAACAAACCUGACGAGCUUGUAUUUGUUGAGGAUCUCAAAAAAUUACCCACAGGUGUGACAAAAGCUGAUAAAGAAUCACUUACCCCCAUUGUGGAGGAGAAAGAAAUGCUUCUCGAAUCGCCUGAAAUGAGUGAGCUCACUGCUACCGAUAAUGAACAGUUAACGGUAAUUACAGUGCAAACAGCGAAUGAUGUCAUGGAAUCUGAAAAGAAGACUGAAGCAACACUGUUACCUGAAAAUGUGAGCAUUCCAAUUACAGAAGAAACCUUAAGCGCAGAUAAUGAGAGUGAAAUGGAUGAAGUCGUGGCUACUGACAUUGAGUGUACGCAAAGAGAACAUAUUGAGUGUUGUGACAUAAAUAAGUCGGCCUCUAGACUGAUUGAUGAAGAUAACUCAGGAACGGAAAUACAGUUGACAAAACAAAAGUCGGACAGCUCCAUUGAAGAAUCUUGUGAAAUGCUUGAGGUACAGUCAUCCCCAUUAGCUACUAAAAGUAACGAUAAUAUUGAGCGGGUCAAAAAAGGUAAUAUGGAAUUAGUGAAUGAUACAAAACAAUACUACGAUGAUAUUAGGGAAACACCGUUACUGGAAAGUUCUACAAAACCCGAUUUAAAUGAAAAUGAAGCUGAAGAGACCGAGACUACUGAUAUUAUAACAAUACCGCAAGAUGUCAGGUCUAAAGUCAUUGAAUGUAUUGAAGCAAGUGACUUAGCACUAGUGGCAAGCGAAAACUUUGACAGCUCAGUUGAAGAGGAAAUCGAGACUGCUGAAGCUGAGCCAUUGCCGUUAACUACUGAAGAUCCAAUUAAAAAAUCGCAUGCGCCAACUUUGUUAGUCCCUAAGAAACCCGAAGAAAUAACCUUGGAUACAAUAGAGUCUGUGAAAGAUGACACUAAUGGAGAGACUGAACAAACAACGGUAAUGGAAAGUUCCACAAAAUUUGAAGAAAGUGAAAGCGAAGUGGAUGAAUCCAAAGAUAUCGACAAAAAAUCUGCACUUGAUUUAAAAGCUACUGAAUUCCCUGAAAUAAGUAACUCCACCCCCGACAAUAAUGGUGAACAAACGGUUUUAGCUACAGAGACCCAAAUUUCAGAAUCAAAUUUACCAGAGAGCGCUUACUUCUCAAUUGACGAAUGUACCGAAACUGCAGAUUAUGCGGCAUUACCGAAAGCUCAUGAAAUAGUUGUCCCAGCCUCUAGCGAAAUUGAAGAGAUAGUGAAGGAGGAUAUAAUUAAGGAGCUGCCGCAGACUGAGGAUGAAAUUAAAACUAUUUGUAAAACAAACGAUGAGUUGGUGAAUAACUCUGUCGUUGACACUGAAAAAACACUAGAGAAUAUCGAUCUUGGAAUAAUAUCGGCAGAAGCAGCUGUUGUAACUGAUACUUUAAUAGUAGAGACAGAGAAUAGUUGUUAUGAUCAUGCGGUUGAGGACAAACAGUUAACUGAGGUGGUGGACUCCCAAAUCGAUAUAGAUGCUAAGGCUUCGGUAGAAAAAGUUGACGAAUUUGAAGAGGAAGAAGCUGCUAAUAAAAGUCUUGACACAUUUUUGAAGAAUUCUACUGAAUAUCACGAACCGCAGAGAAGUGAAAGUAGCACAGUUGAUGAAAUCCUGCCUUGUGAAGAAGAAACAACAGACGAAAUACAAAUUAACAUGAAAAACAGCGACACAGUAAAGACAACAGAAGUAAACUGGACUUCUACAAUUGAUGGAAUUACGGAAUCAAGCGCCAUUUGUACCAAGGUUAUUGAAAAUUUGUCAGACGAAGAAAUAACAAAGUCUGAAGCUACAAACAAUGUCGGUGCAAAGUCUUGCUCACAAGAAGUUGCGAGAAAGGAGCGUAAGCAAUCUACUGAGAGUGAAAGUAAAGAAGUUGGGGAGGUCGAAAAUUUACAGACGCAAAAGAUCACAGUUUCGACGUUGGAACCACAAGAGCAGGAGCAACUUGAUAAAGUUAAUUCUGAGAAAACCAGUGACGACUUUACAAAAAAUUUCAAAUGUUCCAAAUCCCAAGAAAUACUGCUAAACACAAUUAGCGAUGUAACAGCCGAUAAGUGUGCUCUUGAUAAUGUAUUGCCAACUGAAAGCUUCGAUCAAGAUUCAGAUCAAAAUGCCAACAUUCCAGAGGAAAAACAGAAAGAAAUUGUUGAGGUAACUGAGCACGAGGUUAAAGAAGUUACAGCAGAGACUCAGGCUAAAGUAAACCUUUCUGAAUGCUAUGAAUUUUCAACAGCAGAUGUGCAAGUGCAAGAGACAACUUCAGUUCCGAAUUUGCAGGUAGAUAAAGGAAAGAAUGAUAUUAGUGCGAUAAUGGAACAGCAAGUAGUUUCAUUGGCUAACAACAAAGAGUCAGUGGACUUGGUCUUAGAAAAGAACGCUAUAACAGAUUCAAAUGUUCAAACUGAAUUGGUGGAAUUGGCGGAAAACGAAUACAAUGCUCUUAAAAAGUGCAGCUCAGAAGAGAGCCAUUUAAUUGUAUCAAACGAAUCCGUUACAAGUGAAAUUCCCGACGAGAAGGCACGAAAUGUUGAAGGAGUGCAAGUUGAAAAUGAACUAACGGCAAAAUUCUUGUAUGAAGACGACGAAGUUGAAGCGAUUGGUACGUCUACUAUGGACUCUGAGGCUACAACAGAAAUUGAGUCUGGACAAAUCGAUGUCGUGAAAAGUACUGUCAUAACAGAGGAUUUAGGAGUAACCAUGACACCUGUGGGUGAAACGGAUUUAAAUGCGACAGAAUGUGACCGUGAAACAGCCGUUACAAACUCUUUGGAUCAGAACGAUAAGAGUCCCAUAGGUAUAGAUGCCUUGUUAGAGUGUGCCAAUGGUAAUAAAAGUGAUACAGAAAUUGUAAAAAUGCGUUCAAGACAGAAACUUAAACAGAAAGCGAAAAUACACAAGGCAGCCGCGAUGGAGAAAAGCACAACAAAUAGUGGUAAGAAGUUAUCGAAACUUAAGGCUAUACGAAACUUGAAAAAAAGAUUACUAACGGAGGACGCGUUCAGCAAAAUACGAAUUAAGCGUCGGGUUAGUCCCAGCAACGAUUCAAACAAAGAUUUAGACAGUGUUGACGAGUUAAAAACCGCGGAGGAGCUAGCUGACAAUAUCGCCAAAUUGGUUAUUAAAGAGAACCUUGAAGUUGCUGAGGACAUUGCUGUGCCUGAGCAUGAGACAGAAGAAGCAACAGUACAAGAUGAAUACAAUAAGCAAGAUGUAGAUAGUAAAAGUCUGGAAGAUCCUACUGAACUCAUUCAAAAUCAAACACCGGAUGAUGUCCUUGAAAGCGAACAGCAAAUAUUGCCAACAGCGCCAGAACUUUCCGAAGAUUGUACCUCCUUCCAGCGUUUGCCGUCUGAGUACAAUUCGGAGGAGAUAUUAGCUGUGACAACACUGAUUAAUAUGCGUAAUAAGUACGCGAGCUCCACAUAUAUUAAUGAGGACAAGGUGGUUGUCGAAAUGCCGCAGGAAAUGAAUCGAGAUGGAGAAGCGGAUAAUAUGGAAGCAACUGCGGAACCAAGUUUGAAGAAGACCAACACGGAAGAGGCUAUAGUGAAAAAGAAAGUGCGCUUCGAUGAAGACAAUCUUUUAGAACUCAUGAAUGAAAAACAUAAAACCUUGAAGAAAGUAAAAAAAUCUUCCAAGAAAAUUGAGAAAUCUCGUAAAGCUGAAGGCGCUCUACUUAUUGGCACUUUUAGUGGUAAGAAAUAUGUGAAGCGAAGGUUACUCGAAUUGGCCACGGUGACGAGUGCAGACGAAACUGAUUGCUUCGCUGAUCAAGCCGAGCCAUUGCCAGUUUUGAAGAAAAAACGUGGAAGAAAAAGUGGCGCCAUCAAACAGGAAGAACAACCGCUAACACACAAAUUGGAUGAACUGAAUGAAGAGUUCAAGAGUGAAUGUGCUGAAAAUUAUAACCCCAUUUAUCCGGUACGCCUUACAUCGCGGCGCAAGAGUGAGACCACAACAGAGACGAAACUUUCAAAGUCUAUUAAAAAUGGUAGGCGUGGCAUGAAAUACGAUACGCCGCCAAUAAGUGAUGUUGAAGAUGUCGGAUCAGAUUUUAUUGUGCCCGACGAUGAAGUUGAGCCAUUAGGCACGGAAAAAAAUGAAAAACCUUCAGAGUCUAAUGAGCCCAUUUUAAAUGUUAGUCGUGUAUGUGUUGAAGGCACGAAAAUAAAAUUUAAAAUAACACCGAAGGAGGUAGUAGAUACAGAAACAGCGUUAGAAGUAGAAAAAGAGGAGGAGCGAGAGAACACCGUAGAUAGCGCAGAAAAUAAGGCAAGUACAGAAAUAAUAUAUCCGAAACCGACAUUGAUAAAGACAAGAAAAGUUACAGUAAAACUUAAACGGAUACAAAUGCCAUCUUAUGCAACUGCCAUAUCAAAAGCAAGCACCAUUAGUGGAGUUCAGUCUGCAAUGCUUACAGAUACCGAAGAACGCGAUCCAAUCAUACCAGUAUCUCCUACUAAAUAUAAGAAGGGCGAAAAAGUCGAUCCGAUUGUAACCAAAUCACCAACUAAACAUAACAAAGGCGAAGAGAUCGAUCCAAUCUUAUCAGAAUCACCAAUAAAAUGUAAGAAAGGUGAAGAACUCGAUUCAGUCUUAUCAAAAUCACCAACUAAGUACAAGAAAUCUAAAUUGGCGUUAGACAUUAGUACAACUGAGUCAAAUACAGCAAAAUCAGCUGUUUUGGAUUCUCCCAAAUCUACGAAUGAUGCUGAGCUCUUUAUUGCGACAUAUAGUCAUCAGUCAAGUUUGGGUAAGCCAUCUCAUACGCAGCAGCGCGAGAAAUCGCCGUACAAAAACAAGAAAUUCGUUAAAAGAGAUAUUUCAUCGGAACUUUCGGAACUCGCAACCACUAACGAACCAGCUGCUGAUGAUCAAACAAAUCUUAAAGAUGUCUCGGUUAAGGAAUUGUCUUCUGUCAAGAAACUGUCUAGUGAAACUAUGUCUAUAGAAAAUACAAAAGUUGUAGAAAAUAUUGAUACUGCGAAAAAUCAAGAUGCUAGUGCCAAAAUAACUAUAAAGUUAGCGAAUAAGAAGCGACUUGCGAAAUCUUCAAGUAAGACCAAAUCUGCCACUUUGUCUACUACUGGCAAAGAUCUUUCUCCUACCAAAGAAGCGCCGAAUAAGCAACCCACAACUUUACAAAAUGCUGCUAUUGAAAAAACAUCAUAUAAUAACGAAAUAUCCGACAUAAAGGAUCUCACCAACUUACAAGCAGCUUCAAUUUUGGAACUGUCGCCGAGAAAAGAUGCUUUACUUGCGGAAACAUCAUCCAAUAAGGAAACGAUCGCCCCAUCCGAGCAAUUAGAAAAAAUUGUGGCGAACACAAAGGGUUCCAGAACCAACGCCACUAUAAAGGCGGCACGCAAGAACCGAUUGGCAAAAUCAAGCAUUAAAAUAAAGUUACCUCUUUCAUCUUUAACUACAACAAAACUUUAUAACAAUGAAUCGAAGCUAAAUGAGGAAGAAUCAGCUAUAAAAGAAACCAUUGCAGAAACAUCUUCGACUUUGAAAACCAUCUCUAAGGUGGAAGAAUCAGCUAAGACAGAUACAUCUAUUGAAAAUGAACCUUUAAUUAAGGAAUCAACAAGCACAAAAGAACGGGCAAUCGAAGAAACAUCACCGAAGAAGAAGCUGACAACGGUUAGUCGAAAAUCGUCGCUAGCAAGAGUAGAGAUUGUCUUAAAUCAUGAAGAUGUAGAAAACACAGUCGCCAACUUGCCUGCUGAAGCAGAGUCAAACAUACCAUCGACUGUGAAAACUACAACAAUGCCAAAGCAGACCUUGUCGGACGCUGAAAUAAAAACCGAACCAUUAGACGAUAUCGACAUUAAAGAGGAAGAAGAUUCAUGCCAAGAUCCGAUAAAUAUUGCGGAAUCAUAUUUAAGUAACAACAACAGAGGGCAUGCGAAAGAGUUCAUACUGAAGCCCUGCGAUGUAAUACUGACCGAAGCGAAGAUAAACGAGCAGGCAGACGCACAUCGUGGUUACAGAAAGCAACGAAAUAAGAAAGCCACGCGAGUAGUUGAGAAAACUAUGGCGGAGGCAGCAGGUAGCAAUAGAUAUAAAACGAGAAGGAAUAAAGCUGCAAAAAUAGAAAUUUCAAAAUCUACAGAAAAUAUUAUAGAAACGGAGAAUGUUAUACCAACUCUGGAAGAAUGUGCUCAAAUUAAAGGUAAUGUUGAGUUAAGUAACGAACAGAAAAAAACAAAAAAUCAAAAAGAACUGGAAGCAGAAGCGGAAGCUAUAAACGACGAUAAAGAUAAAAAUGAAGACAUUGAAAAUGCUGAAACGGCAGUACCACUUGAAGAGGAGAUUCAACAAAAUGCAACGCCUUCAAAAGCUGACUGCGUAACUGAAGAUAACGCUAGCAGCAUAACCGAUAAUAUUAUUGCAGAGCUAAAAUUACUAUCGCCUGAAAGUUUGCAAAACACCGAAGAUGAUAAAGAGCAAAUGAAUUUGAUAACGUGUUCGGAAAGUGCUGCUGCCGUUAUGGAUACUGAAAAGGAGCAAGAGACUCAGUCAAUGACAGAGGGCGUUUGCAAAGUGGAGAAGACCGAUGAGGAACAGAAAACAGCACAGCUUUUAGAUUCUUCGAUUGAUAUAGUUUUAGGUAAUGCCACUUUUACGAAAAUACCGUUAACUUCGAAAAAGGACGAAGCAAGCUCUACGCCUGAUACGCUUACCAGCAAAUCGCCACAAAAUAUGGAUGAUGCCGUUGCAGAGGCGAAGAAACCCGAUGCUAUUAGUGAAUCAACACCGACCAAAAAUCGUUUAGAUGUCUUAACGGCUGAGAAGAUUAACAGCGUUUUGGAAAAAAUGCUCGAAAACAAGAAUAAUUUGCUGAGGGGAGACUGUAAAAGCAAAUCGCCUACAGACUCAAAUCUACAAGAAACAACGAGACGGCCAACGAGCACCGAAGAAGAAGGGCUGCGCAAAUCUUCCAAUAGAAGUUCAAUGAAUAGCGUUAAGCAGAUUUCCGCGAAAGUACCGGAUGCGCUCUUUGCAGACGAUGAAAGUGAAAGUAGCAAUGCUGAUGAUAGCACAAGCGAGCAAUUCUUUGCGCCAAUUUUAAGUCUUGACGAUUUGUUGAUUAAAAAAGAUGAACAGAUUGCGGAUAUAACGCACACGUAUACAACAACGCAGGAGCAAGUGUUGAAAGAAACAGAUGCUGGGCAUUCUCACGACGGCUUGGGUACGCCAAAUUUUGCCGUAGAGUUAGAAGUGGAGACUACACAAGGCAGCGAAGAGAAUUCGCAAAACGCUAACGCUAAUCGAAAAGUAGAGACACAAAGUGAAGAAACUGGUAAAUGCGUUGCGGGUGAAGAACUGAAUACGCACUUAGAGGAGACGGAUGCCAACUUUUCGCUAUCAGCAAUAGCCGACAUCAGCUCAAUAGACAUACCCAACGAUCUCAACAUAAAUAACGAAUAUCCAGAUCUCUUGGAUGCCAUGCUCUUCGAACAAGUGCGUCAGUCUAUUGAUUGCAUGAUAUCUGGCACGAAUUCGGCGAAGAAAUGGUCGCAGGACAGUUUUGCCACGACAAAAGCGGCAGUCAACUUUAAUCAAGCGGAGGCUGCUGUCAGAAGUGAUGUGGCGCCUAGUGCGCCAAUCGCACAGGAAAAUAACGUCAUUGCAAUCAUUGAUAAGACAGUGACUGCGACUGAGGAUGCAAUUGGUAUUGGUCAAGAAACCUUUCUAGGCACCAUAAGCUCACUCGAUCAGGUGGAAGUACCACCUACCGGUUUCGAUUUGGUUGGCAGCUUCACUAUUGCGGACUUUUUAUCGGAAGCCGGCAGUGAUUUGUUUGCCUUUCCCGAAUUGGAUAAAACUCAGAGUAGAAGUAAUUCGUUCUCCGCUGAGUCGAAUUUGUGUGAAACACCACCACCGCCAGCAAUCGGCACAGCCGAUGAGGAGACAAGCAAUGAUAAGAAAGACGAAAAUUCGAUAGAAUCGCUCGGCAAUCACAAUACGAAUUCGGUGGCUUGUGAUCAUAGUUAUAACAAGGAUAUCAACGAAGUCGAAAAACAAAGAACGAAAGUGCGUAAAAAGUCCACGUCGUCACAUCAAACAUCCACACCAACUGCUUCUCAAAAGAGUGCUACUACUUCACCGUCAAAUAAUGCAGAUAUGUUGCAAAUAUUCUCGAGAUCUAAAUGUCUACCCAAACCAUUUUGGAAAGUCAAAAAGACUGAGGAGAUGAAAACUUCAACACCGAAAAAAGAAGAACCCACAACAAAUACGCAGAAUACGCAAGAACAUACAGCAGUCGCUGCAGUGAAACGUACAAUAACACUCUCACCAAUUACCGUUAAAAAUGCCGAGGAACAGAAACAAACCGUAUUCAGCAUGCCGGCGCUCGAAUUGGUUAUUGAACAAACUGUAUCCGAUGAAAAAAUUACUGCGGCGCCACCUAAUAACAUAGUACCCGAAGCAAUUGCCAACCCCACGACAACCGAAACAUUAACCAAUCUGAAUGAAAAUAUAUCAAAAACCGUCGAUGACAUCACACCGGCAAUAAAACCGAUUGCUGCAGCCACUGUAGCAGCAGAUGCUUUAGAAAAAAUAACGCCACAAGAGUUAAUCACCGUUACAAAACCACCGAAACGCGCCUCAACACCAAUUGAAAUAACCGAAAUGAUUACUAUACCCGCACCCAUAAUUGUACAACCGAUAAUACGUAUACAAAGUCAAACCAACCGUUUAGAGCGCAUAGACCCCGUGUCGAGCGCUUCACAGCAAGCUUUCCCUAUUAAAAUACCGGAAGGUUCGCCGAACUUAAUUGAUACAUCGAAUAUCAGUGAAAUUGAAAUAAAUAACAUUAGUCGUCAAGAACGUGAUUCUACGCCCACACUCGAUGAACCCAAUAAAGAUGAAUACGAAUUAAGUUCACCCAAUAAUUUGCACCGAGUUCAGGAAACGUCUGCGACGCUUGAAGAACCACCGGCCAAACGUCUGUGCUUGGAAAAUGUCAAUAAAGCGAUAACAACAAAUGAUAUUUUCGAUAUGUUGAAGAGUGAAGAAAAGCUGCAGAAGAAAAAGCAGUGUGAGCAAAGUUCUACAAAUACAACCAAAACAAUGGAUUCGGCUAGUUGUAAAACCAUUGAUUCGGAACCGAAACAAAUAGAAACUGAAAUAAUGGCAACGACAGUUUUGGACAAUGCCAAUUUACACACCAUAUCAGAAGUUGUCGUCAGCGAUGCCUCCAACAACUGCGCCAUUAUAAACUCCCAAACUAAAAAUAAAUCUCCGCGACCCUACACACAAAGCGCACACAGUCACAAUGAAAAGAAAGCUUCAGAAAGUACCACAAGUAAACAAGAACAGAAACCUUUAGAAGUUCAACCGACUAAGCAAAAGGAUAAAAAAUUAUCUACCAAUCAGGAACCCAUUCUAAUCAGUAAAGAGACAUUGAUUGCGCUAAAGAAACGCGAAAAUGCCGCCAAAAAUAUGUCAUCGAUUACAAUGACUGACAACUUCCAACCAUUUUCGCCGGAAAACACGCCUGAAAAGUGUGCUAAAACAAUUACAGAUUCCAAACCAACAGCUGAAAAAAUAAAAAUAUCACUAAGACAGCGCUUAGAAGAUUGCCAGGGCGAAAAGAGUAUACCAAUAACAUUAGAAAAGUCGAAAAAUUUACUUUCUCAACCGAAUCAGUCCAAUGAUUGCCAGGAAUUGCGCACUAAACCGGUCCAAUCCAAAAGUACACACUCCACCGCAAUGCCUACGACUAAAUACGAAAGCACAUACGAAAGCAGUGCCAUGUCAGUCAAACUAACAAGCGAUGAGCAUAGUUCCAGCGCACGCAGCAGCAAAGCGCAAAGCAAAAAACGACAAUACAGUACUACAAGCCCUGUCUUAACGCACGAAUCGCCAUGUGCGAGAAGCAAUAUCACUGUGAACCUCAACAAAACGAACGAAAAUGCAAAAGCUAACAGCCAGACAGGGAUAAUGGAAGAAGAAGAUGUACGUAACACGCCGCCCGUCAAAUCCAAUCUCAGCAUCAAAAUAAAGGAUCUUCCGAUCGCAGAAGCAAUAACCAAAAGUGAAACUAAAAAUGCCUCUCCAAGCCAAACGUCCACCAUAUCACCACGCACUCGAGUACCACCAAAACCCAUAUUAGCCGUAGUACCAACACUACUUCCCCAAAAUGCGAACCGUUAUCAUCCGUAUCAGAAGACUCAAACACCGCCGCAUGUGCAAAACACGCAUAAAAGUAAAGCGAUGCCUCAACGACAAAGUCGAGACAGUCUGUCGGCAGCGCCCGAAGGUAUUUUAAACAAAAGGAAAGAAACUUUAAAAUCUGCUGAUAAGACUACCACGCAACGUAUCGCGCCCACCGCAACAACACUACCACCAUCAAUGCAAUCACGACCAACACCAAGUCAUCAGUCUUCCUACGGUACGCCACCAACAAUUACCGACCUAGCAUCGAUUAAGCUAACAGCCGAAGAGGAGGCGGAUAUAGCACGUAAACUGGCUGCAUACCGCACCACCUUACCGCCAGCGAAAACUUAUGGCGCACACAAAGAAAAUCAACGCUUAGUAAAUUUGCAUGAAGAAAAAUUGCGCUUGGAAUAUGCGGAGCGUGCAAAUCGUCGCAAGGCACAACAAUUACGCGACACGCAACGCCUUAAACGCAAAUCUCAAUCCGAGUCAUAUCAGGCGCAUUUUAAGAAAUUCACCAAGCAUUCAGAAAAUCCAGUUAUCCAGAAUAGAAGUAGUGGUGCUGGCGCUGUUGCUGUUGCUGUUGCUGCUAACCACCAGCAUAGAUCUAAACAGCAUCCACAAUAUAUACAGCAUCAUUCGUCGCGCCCUAGAACCCACCACGAAUAUGUAAAUAAAUUUGGCGAAAUUGAGAAAUUAGUCGAAAAGGAAAAGGUCGCACAAGAUACUGAGGCGAAACGUUCAGUUCCACUAACGGCAUCAACGGCUUGGGAGCCCAAAAUGCCAACCGGUGAUGAAUUAAUUGAACUCUUCAGUAAAACAAAGAAGUCGUAGGGCAAAUAGGAAUGGUUUUCAAAUGCAUAAGUUGUUGUUGUUGCCAGUAAAUGUAGGUGCGUUUCGAUGGGUGAAGUAAGGAAUUACAAAGCAAGAUUUAGCAUAAAGCACGCAAUGUACAAAAUAAUUCUAUUAAAGUUAUCAGAACUGAGCUCAAAUUACACUUUGUACAUAGCAGCAAAAAAGUACAUAUUUUCAUUGUUUUGUAACAUCUACUAUUACCUUAUUUUAUACACUGAACAGAGUAUAUUAAGUUUUCAUGAAUUUUGUAAGACCCAGGAAAAAACGUCAGAGACCCUAUAAAGUAUAUACAUACCAUAAAUGAUCAGCGUGUCGAGCUGAGUUAAUUUAGUUAUGCCUGUCUGUCUGUCUGUCUGUCUGUCUGUCUGUCUGUGUAUAAGCGAAUUAGUCCUCAGUUUUUGAGUUAUCGAUCUUAAAUUGUGCACAUAUCCGUUUCUUCCCAAGCAGCUGCUAAUUUGUCAUAGUCAGUUAUAUCGGAGCACUAUUGGAUAUAGCGGCCAUACAAACUUAGCGGAUGAAAUCAUCUAACUAUAGCAUAUAGCUGUCAUACAAACUGACCGAAUAAAAUCAAGAUAAAGAUCUUUUUAUAACCUUUUAUGCUAUAAGAAAUGCACCUGUGAAGGGUAUUAUAGUUGCGGUGCAACCGAGGUUGACAUUUUUUCUUGUUUAUAUAACGCUUAUUACCUUCGGCUUAUAUUUAAACUUUAUAGAUUUUAGUCUCUAUCUCUCUUUAGUUAUACUUUUACAACAGUCGAGUGUACGUAACCGGAACAUACCCGGAUUUACCAUAUAUUCGGCUAGCAGCUCUCAACUCGACAACAUUCUUUAAAAUUAUUUAACGAAUAUAUUAUAUUAUGUCGCUACAUCAACAACAAAUGCCGUUUAAAUCAGCAUAUAAUGGCAUAUGUACGAGUAAUGUGUUCUCAGAAUAACUGUGCUCUCUAGACCAUAUGUUUCAUUUAGAAAACAAUAUAACAAAAUUAAAAAAAAUUAUCUCGAAAGUUUCUGGGUACUCGUUAUAGUAUUUUUCUCUGGUAAUACCAACAGUUUACAUUACUUUAUAACAUUUUACUGCCACUAUUUUAUAGGAGCGAGCUUGAAACGAGUGUUUACAUAAAUUCUGCUUCAGUAAAGUAACACUCCUUAUGAUCGGUUGAACGAGCAAAAUAUUGAAUUUUUACUUGUAAAUACUUUGAACGCUUUAUUAUUGUAAAAUACCAUAAACCUAUUAAAACUACGCUUUGGUAUUAAACCAACAUUGUAAUUAUCUACACACAUAUGUACGUACACUCAAAUAUUAAGAAUAAUUCAAUUAAUUAAUUAAUUUACAUUGCUUCGGAGCAUAAUUAAUAUUUUAUAACCGAGCCAUUAGUAUUUAAUAUUCUUUUUUUUUUUUGAUACAAUUUUUUUUUUUUUGACUUAAAUUUGUACCAAUUUUGUAUUUUUUAUUUUACUUCAUUUAUUUAAGCAACAAUUGUUUUCUAAAUUUUUUUAGAUUUUUUAUAUAUGUUACAUUCAAAGCAUAAGUAAGCAUAUUUUUGAAAUAUGUUAGUUUGUAGGCAUAUGUAUUGUACAUACGACGAUUAUGUAUGGAUUUAAACAAUGCAUGAUUCAGUUGUCGUUGUGCAUAUUUCUUAUAUCUCGCUCACCUUAAGACAAUUAUGUGUAAGUUUAAUGCUCAAUUAAAGUUCCACUAGUUUUUGCUUGGGCAGCUGCUUUGUAAAAAUUUAUUGAAAUUUGAUAUGCUUUGCACUUAAAGAAAUUGAAAACGCAUUUAUUGUUAAUUGCAUCUAAAUUAAUUGUUUAUAUUUAUUGUAUUAAAAAAUUUAACUUUAUUUAAUUGUAAAUAUACGUGUAAACUUUAGUAGGCAUACAUAUAAUAUUAUAUUUAAAAACGUACACGAUAGACUCCGAUUGUUGUAAGCAUUUUAUUAGGUAUAUACGUAAGUGAAUUUCAACGUAAAUUUAAGAAUAAAGUAAACAUAAGUAUAAUUAUUUAAGCAAUGCAAACUAUAGGCAGUCAUAUUUCUUUUAAAUGUUCAACGGAGAUUUUAAAAUUAUAAAAUGUAUAUAUAAUAUGUUACAACUAUAAAUUUUACAUACAUAUGCAGUAUAUUUUGAUCAGAGAUAAAUUUGUAAAUACAUAAAAAAUAAACCACAAUAUAUGAUGUGGUUUGAAAUA